CACAAAGCGGGUCUAGGAACCGGCCGAGGUCAUCGAAGAGCCAACCAAAAAGAUAAUCUCGAAACCAAUGAAACCGCAGGACAUUUUAAUUUCUACGUCAAGGACCACGAGAAACGGUUCCUUCAUAUCAUGUAUAAAGACUUUUCCAAGUCCAGGCAUAACGUGUACGUAGUGUGCGCCGGAAAAGUAGCCAAGGUGACCUGCGAGCUAUCUAAACAAGGCGAGGAAGAAGAGAUGAUGGCAUUGUACGGUGAGCAUCCCUUGGACACUAUUGUCGGUGACCGAAAGAAGUUCACUGAACAGUGGAAGUACUCGAAACUUCUGGAAGGACACAAAGGUCGUCAUCCUCAUGCUGUCCGCUUGAAACACCACAAGGCCACCAUUUUGGGAUAUGCUCAAUUCGAUUUGUCUGAACUAGUGCACGGCAGCCAAGUCGUCUCAUCCAUAGAACCGUUGUUUAUGCAUUUUCCCUUUGAACGACAGGUAUACAUUAUAAUUAACCGUCGACGAUUAACGCCAUUCGAAGAAUACUUAUUUGAAGAACACGAAUUGCAAGUUUUUUGCACCACAUUAGAACUUAGCAUACGCGUAGGAUGUCUGUUGAACUACGGUUUCGACUGGGACAAUGGGAAAUUCCUAAAAAAGUACAUGACCAGAGCGGUGAUCGUGUGCAAUACUACAACGGACAUGGCACAGCUAGUACAAUUUUAUAAGGUUAAACAGACGACCGAAAGUAUUUAA